AUGGGCCUCAAUGAGUUCCUGAAGAUGGUUGACAAUGUCCACCUGGACCGCAAGUCGACUGAGACUACACAACCACCCUUGGCAGCGGCUGCCCCACAACCUCAGCAGACCGACACACACACGGACUGUGCUUCAGAGGGCCCCACCACCCCCAUACACCGCUACCAGAGCUUCAGAAUCGAACUCACGGCCACCAAGGUGGCAGGUCAAGACCAUACUGAUCACGCCACUGAGGCACUGUGCAUACACAUCAGUACUGCCAAUGAAGACGGAGAGUCAUCUGAGAAACUCUCCGGACUAGAAUCCCUGUCAGGCGUCAUAUGGCGCUUCAGCGGUUUCGACAAGUUCGAUUCCCUCCACCCUCGUUUAGGUGCUAGCAUUAGCCGCUGUGGCAGGAGUGGGCGCACGUUCAAGCGAUACGUGCACCCAGCCGGCAACAUAGGAGAAUCAGGCAUCGUACGAAAUGAUGGAACUACCGAAAUCUUCACCCCCGAAUUCGCCCAUGACAUCUUGAUGAUCGGACCCGCUGGUAUCAUCACCAAGUCUGGCAGGAACGUACAGCUCACAGAAGACCUGCGCUUGGUGGUCCCAACUCGCGCCAAGCGAUCUCCCACCAGCUACAAAGAUCCAAGAGGUACCAUCGGCACUGCUGGUAUCCAUCGCCCUGACGGUUCCACCGAGCUGUUCACCCACGACUUCGCCCACGACAUCCUGCUCAUAGGACCUGCUGGAAUCGUCACGAAGUCUGGCAGAAACAUUCAGAUCACAGAAGACUUGCGUCUUGUAGUCCCUGGACUCCCAGCAAUGCCAUCUCGCAAGAAGAGGUCUCCCACGAGCUACAAGGACUCCAGAGGUAUCAUAGGUACUGCUGGUAUCCUUAGAAAGGAUGGAUCUACAGAGCUGUUUACCCACGAAUUUGCUCACGAUAUCCUGCUCAUUGGGCCUGCUGGAAUCAUCACCAAAUCCGGUAGAAAUCUCCAGCUCACAGACGACUUUCGUUUAGUGACACCAGUUGUGGCAUAAUUACCAACUGGGAACAGUGUCCAGUUCAACUCAAAGUCUUUCAGCAUUAAUUACUGUAUAGGCACAGUGUCGCCUCUGCUUUCUUCCUUAGAACUGACGUGAUCAUUCGACUGAGUUCAACACUGCUCUGACCACCAAACCAAGUUUAAAAUCUUAUUUCUUAUUCUUUUCUCCAAACGUGUCAAACAAAUUUAUAUUCUAGUUUUUCCUCACUGAAAUUCAUAAUUUUCAUCAUCAAAUACAUUUUACUCUCCAGCCCAUAUGGCU